AGUCAUCUCAUCGUACCAACAAUGGCUGCUGCCGGUAGCUGCUCUAGUGCAGGGAAGAGCUUGCUGCAAUUCAUGAAACUUGUUGGGCAGCUCAAGAGAGUCCCUAGGACUGGCUGGAUAUACCGACAAGUGGAGAAACCAGAAAGCGUGUCAGACCACAUGUACAGGAUGGCAGUUAUGGCAAUGCUAACUGAAGACAGAAAACUAAAUAAAGACAGAUGUAUUAGGCUUGCUCUUGUGCAUGACAUGGCAGAGUGCAUUGUGGGUGACAUUGCUCCUGCUGACAAUAUCGCUAAAGAAGAGAAACAUAGAAAAGAAAAGGCUGCCAUGGAGCAUCUCACACAACUUUUACCAGACAACUUGAAGACAGAGGUGUAUGAUUUAUGGGAGGAGUAUGAACACCAGUUCACAGCUGAAGCCAAGUUUGUGAAAGAAUUAGACCAGUGUGAGAUGAUACUUCAGGCUCUAGAGUAUGAAGAAUUGGAGAAAAGACCAGGAAGGCUCCAGGACUUUUAUAAUUCAACAGCAGGGAAAUUUAAGCACCCGGAAAUUGUCCAGCUUGUUUCAGCAAUCUACGAGGAAAGAAACAGUGCUAUAGCAGAAAAUGCUCGUACUUCUCAGACUUAGCCGUUUAAGAAAAUUGUGUCAUUUUUUUUAUGUUAUUGCAGUCAGUAUUUGUUUAUAUUUAACACUAUAUUAUAGCUGUUGGUGCAAAAAUAAAUAUGGACUGUACC